GUGGCUGAAUACGGGAUUGACCCCGCAGUGCGCGUCUGCUGUUCGUCGAAUGCAGUAAAGCUAGACGCUCCGCAUUUUUCGUGCAGUUCGACUUUAUUUUCAGAGGUCCCGGUAACCUAACAGCAUGGAGUCAUCCAACGACUCUCGAGGUCCCCCUCCUUCUUGGAUCAAUAACGAAUUCAUAGAAUCUGCCAUCAAAAAUAAAGAAGGGGACCAAAUUUGUGUAGAUUCAACGAAAGUACAGUACGCCUGUGCGGAAGGGUCUGGCUACGCUAGUUUAUUGUUCAGAGUCACUAUCUUUCUAAAGGGAGAAGACGACGACGGAGAGGCGAGGAAGGAAUCGCUACUGGUGAAAACAACUCUUCUAUCGGGACCCAUGAAGGAACUGCUGGACAACUGCCAAGUGUUCAGAGUCGAGGCACGAAUGCUGCAUGAGGUGAUGCCUCAGGUCCACAAGUUCUUGGCGCCAUUGGAGGGGGACGACUUCCGGCCGCUGACAGCUCGCUGCUACGACUGGGGUCAGCAGCCGGCAGACUUUUUGGUGCUGGAAGAUUUGUCAGCAGCCGGCUUCAGGAUGGCUGACGCUGGACGGCCUCUGGACUACCAGCACUGCAAGGUGGUCCUGCGAGCUUACGCCAGGCUGCACGCCGCCUCAGCCUGUCUGCUUGACAGGCAACCCGACUACAAGAGCGCGUUCACUGGGAACAUGUUCACAGACAACAACACUAAGGAAUAUUUCAGAUCAUUGGGGGGUAAGAUCAUGUGUGCUCUGGCGGACGAGCUGAACAAAUGCCCUGGGUAUGAAAAAUAUGCCGAAAAAUGCAGGACUUACAUGGACAGAGUCGCUGAUACCGCAUUUGAUGUAUAUGAGCGAUUAAAGGACAACACCAAGCUGUGUGUAUUGAGCCAUGGUGACUGCUGGAAGAACAACUUGAUGUUUAAGUAUGUGAACGGAGCACCGUCAGAAGUCAGACUUGUCGACUUUCAGGCAUCAACAGUGACAAGUCCAGCCUCGGAUCUACAGUACUUCCUGUACGCGAACGCCAGCGAAGAUGUCCACCGGCACCACAUGGAGGACCUGCUGCGCGAGUACCACAGCACGCUGGUGGGCCUGCUGCGGCGUCUCGGACUGGAACAGCAGGCAGAGGCCUACACCUUCGAGGAGCUGAAGGAGGAGAUGGACGGCUGUCUCGUCCUAUCAUUUAUGUUCAGCGCCAUGAGUGGCUUCGUUCUGACCUCUGAAAAGUAUGGCCCAGAGUUUGUGAAGGCAUUCAAUGACCCGGAGAAUGCCGACGAAGCUCUCGCUAAGACCUAUCAAAAUCCGUAUUCUUUAUCCUACAUGAAGUACCUGACACCAAUUUUUGACAGUAAAGGAGCUAUAGUACACAACAGCAUGGAAUCGCUCAACGAAACUCGACCACCGCCUCCAUCCUGGAUAAAUCAGGAGUUCAUAGAAUCUGUACUGAUAAAUAAGGUUGGAAAUCAAGCUUCUGUAGAUUCAAUUAAAGUACAAUACGCUUGUCCACCAGGAGCUGGCAUUACAAGUUUGUUGUUCAGAGUGACUGCCAUUCUGAAGGGCAAAGAUAAUGAUCAAGAGGCUAAAAAGGAAUCACUGCUAGUGAAAACUGCUCUUGACUUUGGGCCAAUGAAGGACUUCAAGAAAAAUCACCUGGUGUUCAGAACAGAGACGCAGAUGCUGAGUGAGGUGAUGCCGCAGAUCCACAAAAUGCUGGCAUCGUUGGAGGGUGAGGACUUCCGGCCGCUGACAGCUCGAUGCUACGACGGGGGUCAGCAGCCGGCACUCUUCCUUGUGCUGGAGGACCUGUCAGAGGGUGGCUUCAGGAUGGCUGAGGGGCAAAGUCUUCUGAACUACCAACACUGCAAGGCGGUCCUGCGAGCGUACGCCAGAUUGCAUGCCGCCUCGGCCUUUCUACUCGACAAACAGCCUCAUUACAAGAGCGUGUUCAAUGAGACUAUGUUCACAGACAAGCGUACUCAGGACUAUUUCAGAGCAAUAGGGUCUAAGAUCAUGUCCGCACUGGCAGAUGAACUGAAUAAGUGUCCAGGGUAUGAAAAAUAUUCUGAAAAAUGCCGGGGAUUUAUAGACCGAUCUGCUAACAGUAUCUUCGAAGUACUUGAACGAAUGAAGGAGGAGACCAGGUUACCUGUGCUGGGCCAUGGUGACUGCUGGAAGAACAACUUUCUGUUUAAGUAUGUGGACGGUGAACUGUCAGAUGUCAGAAUUGUUGACUUUCAGGUGUCAUACGUGACCAGCCCAGCCACGGACCUGCAGUACUUCUUGUACGCAAGCGCUAGUGAGGAAGUCCACCGCCACCACAUAGAUGACCUUUUGGGCGAGUACCACAACACGCUGGUGGACAUCCUACGGCGCCUGGGAAUGCAGGAGGAAGCUGAGGUCUUCACUCUAGAGGAGCUAAAGCGGGAAAUGGACCGCUGUCUAGUCAUAGGAUUUCUCUUCAGCACCAUGAGCAGCUUUGCUCUGGCGACUGAAAAGUACGGUGCAGAGUUUACGAAAUCGUUCACUGACCCAGGACACGCCGAAGAAGCUUUCGGAAGGAUCUUCAGAAAUCCUGAUUCGUUAUCCUACAUGAAAUACCUCACACCAUUUUUUGACAGUAAAGGAAUUUUAUGAACAUUUGUAACACGCACACCUAUUAUAGUUGACAUUAUUUAACAAUUUUUAAAUGGUAACCUUAGACAUCCUUCCAUCUCACUGAAACUUAGUCUUGCAGCAACAAACCUAUGCUAUUACAUGAUCAAUCAGUAUUUGCUUCUCGAGGUUUUGUAUUUGAAGAGUGAGACUAAUGCUAUAUUUUAAUUACAAUAUGUGUACUGUACAGAAUUCAACAACAUAUACAUCGACCUGGAAAACCACAUAGACCACAACGAAACAAAUCGCAAUGUGCUGGAAUUUACGUAAGCAAACACAACUAUUUUGCUUCACAUAUAAAUAAAUGCAAGCAUUUUAACGUAUUUUCAUUAAUGAAACAACUUAUGAAGUGGCAUCAAAUACUAAAAUAUUUUUGUGCAGUAUGGGAGCAGACGACAUGCUGUCAGUUAAACCAACUGGUUAACUAAAAGUAUUAGAUGGACAUUGUAGCCCGAAACCGGUUUAUGGCACUAAAAUAAAACAUUUAAAAAUUAUUGUGACUGGUUGCAUCAUUCAGCAACCAAAAAAAGUUAUUAUUGUAAAAGCUAUAUCAAAGAAUGUUAACUUAUUUUUUUUUAAAGUCAAUUGUGGAAAACUAUAUAUAUAUUUUCAUGCUACUAAUAUUAUUUUAAAAAGUUUGUAGGCAAUAUUAUUAAACAAUAUUAGUAUAAAAAUUAUUUGAUCGUUGCUAUUGAAACGUGUAUUAAAUAAAUGAAAACAUA